AUGGAUGAUUUCGGAAAAUUUUCCGAACCGUCUCUUCCGUCACAAAAAGAAUUUUACAGUAGUUUGACAGACGAAGAUAUUACGGACGAGGAUUACGAACAUGCGAAAAAAGUAUGGAAGUCGUUCAAUAUGAAAACCAUGCGUGAAUAUCACAAUCUUUAUUUAAAAGUGGACGUAUUAUUAUUGGCAGACAUCAUGGAAAGAUUUCGCGAGAUUUGUAUGGAGAAUUACGAAUUGGAUCCUGCAUGGUAUUAUACAUCGCCGGGAUUGGCAUGGGAUGCAUGUCUGAAAAUGACGCGUAUCCGUUUGGAUUUAAUUUCCGAUCCGAUCAUGUUUAAUUUUAUCGAAAAGGCAAAACGUGGCGGAAUUUGUAUGAUCAGUAAAAGAUAUGCCGUUGCUAAUAAUAAGUAUACGAAAGAUUUUGAUCUGAAAAAGAAAAGUACAUUUUUACCUUAUUUGGAUGCAAAUAAUCUAUACGGUUGGGCCAUGUGUGAAAAACUUCCGUACGGGAAUUUUGAAUGGAUGAAUUUAGAUCAGUUGAAAAACUGGAACAAUCUUCCGAAUGGAAAAGGUUGUUACGUCGAAGUAGAUUUAAAAUAUCCAGAAGAAUUACAUGAUUUGCACAGCGACUAUCUGUUAGCACCGGAACGUCUUCGAAUAGGAAAGGUCGAUAAACUCGUUCCGAAUUUAAACGAUAAGAAAAAGUAUAUCGUUCAUCAUACGACGUUAAAAAAAUACAUGGAAUUAGGAUUGAUCGUGACAAAAGUUCAUCGCGGUCUGAUGUUUUCGGAAAGGGCAUGGAUGUCAGAAUAUAUUCAGUUGAAUACCGACUUGCGUAAAAAAGCCAAGUCUGAUUUCGAAAGUAAUUUUUUCAAACUGAUGAACAAUUCGGUGUUUGGAAAGACGAUGGAAAAUGUUCGCGAUCGUAUCAACGUGAAGCUCGUUAACGGUGAAAAGAAGUGGAAUAAAUUAGUGAAAAAAAGUUAUUACGUCUCAACAGACAUUUACACCGAGCACUUGGCGUUGGUUCACAUGCGAAGGACGACCGUUCGUUUGGAUAAACCUAUUUACGUGGGUGUUGCCAUUUUAGAUAUCAGCAAGACGUUGAUGUACGACUUUCAUUAUAAUUACGUGAAGAAAAAAUACGGAGAAAAAGCAGAACUUCUUUUCACGGAUACAGAUUCGCUUCAUUACGAGAUAACGACCGACGAAUUUUUCAAAGACAUCACACCCGACGUUCGUCAGAAAUUUGACACGAGUAAUUUUCCAAAAUCUCAUCCGUCUGGAAUUCCGUGUGGAAUUAACAAGAAAGUCAUCGGUAUGAUGAAAUCCGAAACGGGUGCGGGUCAGAUUAAAGAAUUUAUAGGAUUACGUCCAAAAUCUUAUUCGACACUCAACGAUGAUGGAGAAGUGAUAAAAAAAUGCAAGGGUGUUAAAAAAUGUGUUGUGAAAAAAGAUCUGACGCAUCAACAUUAUAAAGAUGUUUUAUUCGGUGAAAUAGAAAGACGUGUAGGAAUGACAACACUUCAUAGUCAUUAUCAUAACAUUUAUACCGAACGUUUGGUAAAAACGGCACUUUCGGCUAGCGAUGACAAACGGUAUAUUUUAGACGAUAAAAUUCAUACGUUGGCAUUGGGUCACAAAGACAUUCCUGAAGAAAAAUGCAUAUUAUCAAAGAUCGACUUGGAAUAUAAUGGAUCUUGUGAAUUUCCUUCUGCCCGGGAAUUGGAAGAACUGAGAAAGUCGGAGGAACCGGUGGAAGAAGAGAAAAAGGUGGAAGAGAAAAGAGAACUUCAGAUUUUCAGUAUUCCUGCAACGACGGAAGGAAUAGUGAAUUUUGCACGCGAGAGAAUCACACAAAAAGCAUCGAAAGGAAACUGUAGUAUAUCUUAAUAUCCUUUGUAAAACAUUUUCAAGUAAGUCUCGGUAACAACUCUCAGAAGAAUUCAAGAUCGUUCUUAAAUUUCUUACAAGUAAGUCUUGGUAACAACUCUCAGAAGAAUUCAAGAUCGUUCUUAAAUUUCUUACAAGUAAGUCUUGGUAACAACUCUCAGAAGAAUUCAAGAUCGUUCUUAAAUUUCUUACAAGUAAGUCUUGGUAACAACUUUCAGCAGAAUUCAAGAUUGAUCUGGAAGAUCUUACAAGUAAAAUCCAAGUAAAUUUUACAUUCGUUCUAAUCCAAGUAAAUUUUACAUUCGUUCUAUGUAAUCUCGCAAGUAAAUUUUAAACAAAGUUCAACAAAAUUAAAGUAUUUUCUUUCCAUACAAUAAAGAAAAUGACAGAAGUAAAUCCAGAAUCCGUUCCGGUGACCGAACCGGGAAAAGUGAAAGAUCCACGUCGGGUCGAAGCGGGGAAAAAGUUGGGAGCGAUGAGUCAAAAAUACAAGAAAGCAAAAAAAGAAAGGUUGGAAAAAAAUCUAGGAGCGGAAGUUCGUGAAGAAUGUAUGAUGGAUGGCGGAUGGAUUUCCGUCGAAAGAUUAUGUAUGUUAUUUGGAUUAGGAAUCGGGUUGGGAUCGUUGUAUCUCACGUGGCGACGUGAUGAAAAAAGUUCUGUGAAACAGGAUGAAAUUAUCUAUGAGAACAACAACGAUGUGGAAAAGGAUCCGCUGAAGGAACCGUUCGACGAAAGGUUUGAUUAG